CAUAGACAAAUCUCCUAUGAUGUAGUACCUCAAUGAAGCUUCUCUAGUUUUAUAAAUUCAAAUUUGAGAGGUUUGGAACAUAUUUGGUCAUUGGAGAUGCCCACAGCUCCUUGGAAGGAAACAGCUAUCAUAUUCUAGUGAAUGCUCUAAGUUCAUGAUGGUCCUGUUCCUAUGGGAUUUUUUCCAGCACCUGUGCAAGAUGUUUGUGAAAAUUGAGAGAUUCAGUGGAUGUCUACUAAUCAUCUUACUUAGAGGAGCAUCUUAUGUGAUAACAUAAGAUGGUUCUUCACUUCUUCCAUUUAAAAUCCUAACAUUUUGAGGCUUGAACUUUUUGCUAUAAUUGUUAAAUCGAGAUCUCUCUAGUUAGUAUUGCCAAUCAUAAGAGGGGGAGUUUGUGAUGCGUACCAUACUGUGGAAUACUCUUGGGCGAAAUUUCUGUCAUCAGUUUAUGGAAUCUUGCAAGGAUGGCUUCCUUCGCUGAGCUUGAGAACUGGAGCUCUCACUUUUGUAUGGCACUGGCAUGUCAUUCCGCAGAACCAAGAACUUACCAUGGCAUAGUGGUCUGGUUGAAGAAAGUCUGAAGUCAGUUGGGCUGUCAGGGUUGGAAGCUGGUACGAAGUUGUUUAUUUCAAACUUGGAUGUUGGGGUUUCCAACGAAGAUAUAAGGGAGCUCUUUUCUGAGAUUGGAGAGUUGAUUCGGUAUGCUAUUCACUUCGACAAAAAUGGGCGCCCAAGUGGUUCAGCUGAAGUGGUUUUUGCAAGGCGGAGUGAUGCAUUUCAAGCACUCAAACGAUAUAACAAUGUCCAGUUGGAUGGAAAGCCUAUGAAGAUAGAGAUAGUUGGUGCCAACGCAGGGAUCCCAUUGUCAGCUCGUGUUAAUGUAGUGGGAGGAGCAAAUGGAAAGAAGAGGACAGUUGUCAUGGCGUCUGGACCUGCUCGUUCUAGAGGUGGUUUUACACCGGCAAAUCGUGGCACUGGACAAGGAGGUCGUGGAGGUUUGAACACUGGACGUGGAGGUGGCGGUCGUGGCGGCAGCCGUGGUCGUGGUGGGGGCCGUGGUCGUGGAGGCGCACAAUGGAGAAAGAAGGUCGAGAAAUCUGCUGAUGACCUCGAUAAGGAACUCGACAGCUACCAUGCGGAGGCAAUGCAGUCUUAGAGACGGUCUUUAGAUUCACCUGUUAAGAGAUGUUUUAGCUGUACAAUCUAAUCUGGGUGUGCUCACAACUACUGAGUGGUUAUCUUUUGAUGAUGGUUUGGAUUAUAUUUUGCUCUGUAGCUGGAUGUUAGUUAAGUAGUGGCGUGAAUUUGUUAGCCUUUGCUUUUUCUAGUAUUAAAUGAAAUGUUUAUCUUUAUUUCACA